CUUCUUCUCGCUUCCAGUUCAAGGUACAGGUCAUGAUUGAUUAUACAUUGUUCAACUGUUCAUCGAUGGAAAGACAUCAAUUAUACAGUCACAUCCCUUGCGUUGAUGUUCCCGGUUAUGAGGUUUACUCAUUAAAUUCAGUCGACGACAUCUCCCAAUAUCCCCUAUCCUCUUGCACGAAGUUGUACAGUGGCUCAUAUCCUGAUGGUAUGUUUCUUGACAUUCUUCCUUUGAAAUGGUCCGAGCCAAUGUGCGGAUUUUGUGAACAAAAUGGCAAGCAUUGUAGGUUGAAGAAUGAUAGCACUGUAGCUCAAAUUGAAUGUUUUGAUGCACCGAUCAAAGCCAAAGGGGCAAAAGGUACAAUAAGAAAGCUAGUGACUGCAGGUGUAGUUCUAGGUUCCUGCUUUGUGGUGAUAGCAAUCAUUGCAGUUUACUACCUAUAUAGAUCUAACAAGAUGAGAAAGGAAAAUGAUGUAAAUAUUGACAAGUUUUUGGAGGAUUACAGAUCUCUCAAGCAAUCAAGGUACAGUUAUGCUGACAUAAAGAGGAUUACUAAUCAAUUCAAGGAAAAGUUGGGCGAGGGUGCAUAUGGAACAGUGUUUAAAGGAACGCUUUCUAGUGAGAUCCACGUUGCUGUGAAGAUCCUCAACAGUUCCAUAGGCGAUGGGAAGAGUAUCAAUGAAGUAGGGACAAUGGGGAGAAUCCACCAUGUCAAUGUGGUUCGUUUGGUUGGCUUCUCUGCUGAUGGAUUUAGACGAGCACUGGUAUAUGAGUUCUUGCCAAAUGAACCAUUGGAGAAAUUUAUUUUCUCAGGUGAUGGAAAGAAACAUUCCCUUGGUUGGGAGAAGCUUCUAGAUAUUGCAAUCGGUAUAGCGAAGGGAAUCGAGUAUCUUCACAAAGGGUGUGACCAACGGAUUCUACACUUUGACAUCAAGCCUCAUAAUAUUUUGCUGGAUGAAAAAUUCAAUCCAAAAAUUUCUGAUUUUGGUCUGGCCAAACUGUGUUCCAAGGAUCAAAGUAUUGCUUCCAUGACUGCAGCAAGGGGGACCAUGGGCUACGUUGCACCUGAAGUAUAUUCUAGGAAUUUUGGCAAUGUGUCUUACAAGUCAGAUGUUUAUAGUUUUGGUAUGUUGAUACUUGACACGGUCGGAGGGAGGAAGAAUGUUGAUGUUACAGUAGAGACUGCUAGCCAAGUUUACUUCCCAGAAUGGGCAUACAGUCGUUUGAAUCAGGGAGACGAGUUGAUAAUCCGCAUUGAGGAAGAUGGAGAUGUUAAUAUUGCAAAGAGGCUCACCAUUGUCGGACUUUGGUGUAUACAGUGGUAUCCGGUGGGUCGCCCUUCGAUGAAAAACGUUGUUCAAAUGUUGGAAGGAGAAGGAGAUAAUCUGUCAAUGCCUCCUAAUCCUUUUGGUUCUACAGGCCCUACACGAAUGAAUCCAGAAUUAGCAGUCAUUUCAGAAACAGAGUGAUGAUCAUAGGCAAAGGUAUUCCAUUGCAAAUUAUGUGCUGACUAGGAUCCCUGGAGAGCGUUAAGAAAUUUGUAUCUGUGAAAUGAAUUUGUGUAAGUAAAAUUUUCAGUAGAAAAGAUACAUGCCCGAAAUUGAUUA